GAUUACAAGCAUGAGCCACCGCACCUGGCCCCUGGUGCCUUUUCACUGGGCUGGAAUAGCUGAAGUAACCCAUUCUACCCUCUUUCUGCCUUGUGCCUGGGACUCAGCUGGCGUUCUUUGGUUUGUUUUCUCUAAGCUCUAGGCUUGUGCUAUCCAACACAGUAACCACGUGUGGCUGUUUAAAUUUAAGUCAACUAAAAUCACAUGAAGUUAAUUCAUUCCUCCUGUGCUAGAACUGAACCGGCGUCUGCUCGCCUGGCACAUUUCGAGAAAAUGUCCAGGAUGUGCUUCCCGCCCUGCCAAACCCUGAUGAUUAUUUCCUUCUACGCUGGCUCCGAGCUCGGAAUUUUGACUUGCAGAAGUCAGAGGCUAUGCUCCGCAAGUACAUGGAGUUCCGGAAGACCAUGGAUAUUGAUCAUAUCCUUGAUUGGCAGCCCCCAGAGGUGAUCCAGAAGUACAUGCCUGGGGGCCUGUGUGGCUAUGACCGUGAUGGCUGCCCCGUGUGGUAUGACAUCAUUGGGCCACUUGAUCCCAAGGGGCUGCUCUUCUCAGUCACCAAGCAGGACCUGCUCAAGACCAAGAUGAGGGACUGUGAGCGCAUCCUGCAUGAGUGUGACCUGCAGACAGAGAGGCUAGGGAAGAAGAUUGAGACCAUCGUGAUGAUAUUUGACUGUGAGGGCCUGGGACUGAAACACUUCUGGAAACCUCUGGUAGAAGUGUACCAGGAGUUCUUUGGCCUCCUUGAAGAGAAUUACCCAGAGACCCUGAAGUUCAUGCUCAUUGUGAAAGCUACCAAACUGUUCCCUGUGGGCUACAACCUCAUGAAACCAUUCCUUAGUGAGGACACUCGCAGGAAAAUUAUUGUGUUGGGAAAUAACUGGAAGGAAGGUUUGCUGAAACUCAUCAGUCCUGAGGAACUGCCUGCCCAGUUUGGGGGCACCCUGACUGACCCAGAUGGAAACCCCAAAUGUUUAACCAAGAUCAACUAUGGCGGGGAGAUCCCCAAGUCCAUGUACGUGCGGGACCAGGUGAAGACUCAGUACGAGCACUCGGUGCAAAUCAACCGCGGUUCGUCACACCAAGUGGAAUACGAGAUCCUGUUUCCAGGCUGUGUCCUCAGGUGGCAGUUCUCAUCUGACGGUGCGGACAUCGGCUUCGGAGUUUUCCUGAAGACCAAGAUGGGGGAGCGACAGCGGGCAGGGGAGAUGACAGAGGUUCUACCCAGCCAGCGCUACAACGCCCACAUGGUGCCUGAGGAUGGGAGCCUCACCUGCUCAGAGGCCGGUGUCUAUGUCCUACGCUUCGACAACACCUAUAGCUUUGUGCACGCCAAGAAGGUCAGCUUCACGGUGGAGGUCCUGCUCCCUGACGAGGGCAUGCAGAAAUAUGAUAAGGAGCUCACCCCUGUCUAGGUGGCUCCCUCUCUUCUCAGAGACCUCCUAACCUGAUUCCUCUCUAUAUCCUACACUCCCUCCCUCCCUGAAAUUGAUUGUUAGUCCUCCUGACUCUAUGAUGUUAGUGAGAACACAAAGAGAUGCCCGGGGGAAAAUUCAUCUGCUGUGGUCAGAUCAAGAAAGGUAUGAGAGGCACAACCUUGGAGGGUACCAAUGUUUCAGAAGAGGAAAAAACAAGGGUAAAGACAAGAAGUGGGUGUCACUGAAACUCAAUAAAUAGCAAAAUGAAUCCCCUAGCCUUUGUCCUCACCUACCCUAAGGCAAGUGUGUAUGCUUUAAUUCCUUCCAUAUGGCUGUGAGCAACUUGGGUUGGAGACAUAUCUAAAUCUUUUUAUUUCCACUCGCUAUAUAUAGUAGAUGCUCACUGUAUAUUUGUGGCAUUGAACGGAGGACCACAAGGUAGGGUGCAGGCGACUCAACGGCUGUACAUGACUAGGAGGAGCUUAUGUGGGGUGGAUUUCAGCACCUUGGACAGGAGCAGAGGUGUGGUGGGGUUGGACUCUCUUCUGGAGACCCAGACAAUUCAGUCUCCAGAUUUCUGGCAGUGACUGUUUUUUGAGGGCCCCAGCCACAAAGGCCACAUACCUCUGAUAGGAGUUGCCUACAUCAGGCUUUGUGUGACUUGCACACUCAGCUUCCCACCCUUACCCACUUCCCUUGUUGCACAUAGCUUAUGAUUUAGAGGCUUUCCUGGAAGCAAAGAUAGUCACAUCUGGCAUAAUCAUAAUAAAGGAAACAACAACGAUCA